CGCCCGCCCGCCGGCAGGUCUACUGGGAGUUCGAGGAGGCAGGACAAUUUCGGCCGGGGAAUGAUGGCGCUGAGCUGGGCGAAGAAGUCGCAACUUUGACUCGGUUAAACGGCGAAAUCGUGGGCGAUCUUUCGGCGCCUCACGCCAUGAUCCGAGUCGGAGAUGCCCUCGCUGUGUGCGUUUAGUCGUAAAAAGCGGACCCAUGGCACUGCCUGUGCUGAGGUGAAGAGGGAUUAAUUCAUCGCCAAGAAUCUUUUGAAUUUAAAGUCAGCAGUAAAGAAAAACACGCCAACAUGAUUCAAGCAGAAAGUAAAGGAAGUGAGAGGACCCUGAGGAGCGCCUCCCCCCACAGAAAUGCAUACAAGUCUGACUUCCACGCUAUCAAAUGCUCCUUUGAUGGCUCCAAAUCAGAAGGUGCUGCAAAGUCGUAUGCAAAUGGGUCCAGCGACGCCCGCGAGGACUCCCGGGGACGGCCUUUCGGUACCAGGGUUAACAAGAUCAAGAACAUUUUCCUACAGAUGGACGGCCAGCAGCAAGAGGAGCAGCCGCCGCAAGACGUGAAAGCAACUUUAAAGUCUGAUGCUGCCCAGGUGACUCCACCAAAGCCACAAAUUCCACCCAGCUCACACAGAGUUAGCUUCAACAACUUGACAAGCCCAGAAUCCCUCAAUUUAGAUAAAACUCCCAAAGGGGAUGAUGUGGAGAUUGACAAAGUGGCUUUGGCAGAAAAGUUUUCCGUGACCAGGAAGAUAUUCGAGAGGGGCAUCGCCGAGCAGCCCGCUGUGGACAAGCAUUCGCCAAACAGAUUAGUCAACCGUCUAUCUCUCGGAAGUGCAUCUGAUGAGGGCAAAACUGCACGGAGGGCAUCGGGAUCUUCAGAGACUUUCAAAUUGGAGCAAACAUCUCCAACGGGCGUUAAAUGUCGACCGGAUGUUGAGAAUGAAAAAAAGAACAUGCCCAGAGUGUCAAAACGGUUGGAGAAUUUUAUGGCUGGAAAUGACUCAGAGGAUAACAACAAAGCUGCUCCCAAAGGAGGGACGAUGACUGCUAAAUUAGACAGUAUGACUGAACACUCAAUCCAGACUUCUCCAACAAGGGGCAUCUUACACAAAGCCACUUCUGUUCAGGAAGCCGUGAAUGUUGAUGCUGCUAAAAAAUCAAAAGCAACAUGUGUCACAAACAAAACGUCAAGUAAAUCCACACUCCCAGUUAGUAACACGGCUUACAAAUCAAUUUCCACCACAACUGACGGAAUUCCCAAACCAGAACCGACAAGCCCGCUUGGUCAUAGCUACAAGCGACACUCCGGGGAUGGAUUGGGUCAGACAUCUGUUGUCGGGGAUAAAAGCAAACCCCCAAGUGACGUGAGGCAGCAAACGUCUGCCUUUGAAAACACCUACGCAACCAAAUCUAUUGAAAAGGCCAAAAGUAACAACAGUGUGGUGAAAAGUCCAACCAAGGAAAAGACCUCGACAAUUGCCUCCAAAGGGGUCGCCGUGGUCCGGGCAGAGCUUGUCGUGGUUCAGAAUGAAUCGUCUGGCAGCGAGGACAAUGAAGAUGAGGAUGUUGAAGACGACGUGUUUGUUUCGCAAAAAAACAAAAGGCCAUCAGAAGAUGAGACUAAUAAAUGUCAACCGGGAAAACUGAAGACUAAAGACUCUGUCUUGGAUGGUAACAUCCAAGGGUUUAAAGAUGAACAUGAUGAGAGAGAACUCGAGGAACAGGGUGACAAGACCGUCGUAAAUGGAGCCCCGGUUUAUGGUAUCGAGAAUGCGGCCUUUGUGGAUGACAAGGAUGUAGACCAGGUCCUACUGGACGAUGAGGAGCAGGAAGAAGAAGACCAGGAGGAGGAGAUGUACACAGAGUAUGAUGACUAUUAUGAGGCCCCGGGAUUGUCAGACGAAGAGACACCUCCACCUAAGAGGAAAAUCCAGUUUUCCGCCGAUCCCAUUCUGGUCUUCAGUACCUUCUCUAACGAGGAGUAUGAUCGACGUAAUGAUGACGUGGACCCCGUUUCUGCAUCUGCUGAAUAUGAGCUGGAGAAAAGAGUGGAGAAGAUGGACGUAUUCCCGGUGGAAAUUGAGAAAGGGGACAAUGGCCUCGGCAUCAGCAUCAUUGGAAUGGGAGUGGGAGCUGACCAGGGACUGGAGAAACUUGGCAUUUUUGUCAAAACCAUAACAGAGCACGGAGCAGCUGAAAAAGAUGGCCGCAUUGAGGUAAAUGACCAGAUAGUGGAGGUGGAUGGCGUCAGUUUGGUGGGUGUCACCCAACUCUUUGCAGCAACUGUUCUCAAGAACACCAAAGGCACCGUGAGUUUUCUGAUUGGUCGGGAAAAGCCGGGGACACAGAGCGAGGUAGCCCGCCUCAUCAGCGAGACGCUGGAACAGGAGAGGAACCAGCAUCACCAAGAGCAGAGGCAGCAUCACCACCACCUGGAUGAUCCCUAUGAACACUCCACAGAGGAGGAGGAGCGCUUUGAGGAUGACGACGAUGCAGUGAAUGAGAGGAUUCUUGGCUCCAAUUUUUCUCCGGGGCGGAAAGUCGAGGUGUUUGAGUUGCCCGACUCGGAGGCUCUGUUUAUGCCAACUAAUAUGGACAGCUCUCAGAUGGCCUUCAAAUUUAAAGAGCUGCAACUCAAACACAGCGUUGCAUCAGCAGAAAUUAAUCAACUGAAGGAAAAGCUUCGGGAAUCCGAGGAGGACAGAUCACUGUGGGAAGCCAGAAAAUCUGCACUGGAGCAAAAGUUUGAAGAUAGCAAUGAAAAAAUCCUCAAAUUGGAGAGUUAUUGGCUGGAAACCCAGGCUCUGUGCAAGACAAUAAAUGAACAGUUAGCAGAAACCCAAGCCCAGUAUGAGACCUUGGACAAGAAAUACAACAAGGCAAAGAAGCUUCUAAAAGACUACCAGCAAAAAGAGAUUGACUUUGUGAAGAAAGAGGAAGAGCUGAAGAAGACUAUAGAUGAAAACGAAAGGAUGUACAAAGAACAGCUGGAGAGCUUGCGGAAUAGGAUAGCUGUCCUGGAAUCUGGUGUGGAUCUACAGAACAUGGCAGAAAAUCACCUUUGCUCCCAAAAGUCAGUGGACUCACUUGCAGAGGAAGACUGGAAGGAGCUUGUGCCUGAGACGGAGCUGUUGGACACCAGUGCACACAAAGCAAAAGGCCUGUUGGGCCAGAAGGCCAAACGGCAGCGUCCCUCUCGCAACAAACUGAAGGAGACUCUCGCGCUGUCCCCGACCCACUCACAGGAAACUGAGGAGGAGGAUGAGCGGGAGGAACGGGAACCUCAGAGAAGGAGCUCCUUCCAGGAGAGCCUGUCCCUCCCAGUACCAGUCUUCUAUCCCGAGAACGAACAAAAAGACCAUGCGGCCGAAACAAUAGAGGAGCCGGCGGGCAAGACGGAGCUCUCCAAAAGCCCGUCUUUAUCGCCGUCACAGGGUGGCAGUAUUGAAAGCGGCGGAGGCCAGUCUUUGCUAGCUCUCAAUGACUCCUCAAUCGCAGCAUCCCCUUCGGGAUUGACGCACAAUGUCAAAAAGAAGGAAUCCAAAGUCAAGGAAAAAGUGAUCAAAGAUGAAAUAAUUGAACCCACAUCAGCUACAAAACCUAAAAGACGCUUUCCCGACUUUGGGGGCCUGCGCAAGUCGGGCGGCAAAGGAAGAAAACACGACAAGGAGGCCAUGAGAAUGUCUUUGGACAGCAGGGGGUCCGCAGAAUUACUGGAAGACUCUGGCGGUAACCUGUCCCCAGCUGAAUCCAUGACCUCCAUCCCAACCUGUAUGCCCUUCUCUUGGUUUGGAGACAAAGAGAAGGAGCGAGACAGGGAGCCGUCUUCCUCAAGCAGCAGCCUGCCCUACGCCGAGAGCAACAGUGAGCCAAGCCAGGAUCGCAAGAACAAGAGUUUGUCAGUCAUAGAUGAUUGUAACCCCGCCAGUCCCAGUUCAGACCUCUCUGGGUUAGUCGCUGAACCCAAUCUGUCUGGGCGCUCACACACUUUAAUCUUCUCUUCCAGCGAGAGUCUAGAUGAUGAGCCAGUGGCCACGGGAAAAGAAUACCAGUGGCAGAACCGUCCCAUCUGUGACUGGACCAAUCAACAGGUGUGUCACUGGUUAAUGGGCAUGAACAUGGACCAGUACACGGUGGAUUUCACUGCCAAGGGAGUCGACGGGCAGCAGCUUCUGCAGCUGGACAGUGACAAGUUAAAGGUGCUGGGUGUGUCCAGUCAGAGCGACCGAUCCACCAUCAAGAAAAAGCUGAAGGAAAUGCGCAAGGCCCAGGAGAAGCUGGAGAAGCAACGGGAGAAACGAGAGAAGGAGAACCGCCGUAGCGGACGGCUGCCGAUCAAUACCGACUCUGUCUGCUGAACUGAUCCAGGUAGCUCCCAAAAAGACAUUGGCAAUGUUUCAUGUUGUCGUCUCACACCGUUAAGUGCCCACGCUGAGCAGACAAAGGCGCCACUUGUGAUUUGUUUUUUUUUUUUUCAUAUUUCAGUGGCUGAUCUUCCUGCAGAAACACUCAAAAUCAUUUGUUUUUUGUUUGUUUUGGAAACCUUAUUGUGUGUGUGGUCUGAAGGCCUACAUUUUUUUUUACCACUAUAAAGUUACGAGUGAUAAUUACAAAGUAUGUUUUCAGAUAUGAUAUUCACGUUUUUUUAUGGAGAAUGUGCACCAUUAUGAAAACAUGAUAUUUUUGCUAGUAUGUAUAACAUUGAUGUUUUAUGUACAACACUUUUGUAUUGUACAGUGAAGUCAAAAGCACUAUUUUGUCUUUUAAGCUUCCAUGAAUUACAAAGGUUUCAAUGUAUAGAAACAAAAUACCUUUUAUACAUGUGCCAAUAUCUGCAUUACUUUUUCAUUGAAAUAUAGUUUCACAGUAUCUCUUUUCUACUAAGUAGAACAGUUAGGCCAGAAAAACAAAUCAAGCAAGAAUCAUGCGAUCUCUGCUUGUUCUGUCCCUCGAUGUGUAAAUGUUGAGUCGGACUCAUGAUGGUCCAUGGAAAAAAAAUAGGAAAAAUAAGUGCGAUCAGGGUCCGCUGGACGGUAAAUAUGUGCCUCUGAUAAGGACUUUAGGAAUAAUGACUGUUCACAGCCAAGCCCAGGCACUCUUCUUAAUUCAUUUCUACACAAAACAGCAAGAAAGCCUUUGCUGUAUUUUUUACAAUCAAAAUAAGGCAUCAGUGUGUUUAAUCAGUAGGGAUGCAUAUCGUUAGGAUUUUAUCAACAGAUGCCGGAAGCUCGAUAAAGAAACUACCGUGAGUGGUAUCGUUUGUAUCGAAUCUUUAGGGUGCUACGGUACCAAAAAGUACCGGUCCACGGUAUGCAUCCAUAAUAAUCAGUAAAGAUGUUUUUAAACAUUAUUGUUAAGUGUUUUGGCUCAACUGAACAAGAGCAACAAUUGUAAAUUACCAAUGGCCCAUGUAGUGAAAACGCUGCUGCUUGUAUUUGACUACAUUCUACCGCGAGUGCACAUUUUCCUGUCAUCAAUAAUUGAUCAUUUCUGAUCAAAUAAAACCAUCUUCAAAAUUG